UUCCUUCCCCACCAGCCGAUUAUUAUUAUUAUUAGCUUUAAAUGCGCAGGGAAGACGGACACGCCGACCACAACGAGGGCGCCGUGAGGAGUCAAUUCGCCCCUUAAGGCGCACUUACUAAGCGCCUCAUUACAAAAGCCCAGCCCUGGUGUGUCCUUCUCUUUCCCGUCAGCCUCAGUGACCAAAUCCGCCGCGCUCGGCGCUCCUGGCAGCUCUUUUCUCCUGUCCCGUGAUGCUUCGCGGCGCAACUGGAACGGGCGCAAGAUGGCGGCUGAAAGGCAGGUGGCCGGUAGCGGUGCCAGCGGCGGCCGAGGAGGAGGUAGUGGUACUACCACCACCAGUAGUAGCGGCGGGAGCUCUUCGGCGGGCCUCGAGGAGAAUAAGGAGAAUGAAAAGCCGAAGUCGAGCGGCCUCGGCGAUAGCCUUGGCCUGGAGAUACUUCAAAUUGUUAAGGAGUCGCAACAGCAACAUGGGUUACGGCAUGGAGAUUUUCAGAGAUACAGGGGUUACUGCUCCCGCCGACUAAGAAGGCUCAGAAAAACUCUUAACUUCAAGAUGGGAAAUAGGCACAAGUUCACAGGGAAGAAAGUAACAGAAGAGCUGUUAUCUGACAACAGAUAUUUGCUCUUGAUUCUGAUGGAUGCUGAGAGAGCUUGGAGUUAUGCUAUGCAGCUUAAGCAGGAAGCCAACACAGAACCUCGCAAACGAUUUCACUUGUUAUCUCGCCUGCGUAAAGCAGUAAAACAUGCUGAGGAACUGGAACGCCUAUGUGAAAGCAACCGUGUGGAUGCCAAGACCAAGCUAGAAGCUCAGGCAUAUACAGCUUACCUCACAGGUAUGCUCCGCUUUGAAUACCAGGAAUGGAAAGCAGCAAUGGAGGCAUUUAACAAAUGCAAAACCAUAUAUGAAAAGCUGGCUAGUGCUUUCACAGAUGAGCAGGCUAUACUAUAUAAUCAGAGAGUGGAGGAGAUCUCCCCAAAUAUUCGUUAUUGUGCCUAUAAUAUUGGUGAUCAGUCUGCUAUUAGUGAGCUAAUGCAAAUGAGACUGAGAUCUGGAGGUACUGAGGGGCUUCUUGCUGAAAAACUGGAGGCACUAAUCACCCAAACUCGAGCAAAGCAGGCAGCCACUAUGAGCGAGGUAGAAUGGAGGGGAAGAACUGUGCCCGUGAAGAUAGACAAAGUGAGGAUCUUUUUACUGGGGCUGGCAGAUACCGAAGCAGCUAUUGCUCAAGCAGAAGAAGAAGAAACUAAAGAACGUUUGUUUGAGUCCUUGCUGAGUGAGUGUCGAGAUGCAAUACAAGCUGUUCGUGAAGAACUGAAACCAGAUCAGAAGCAGCGGGAACACUCAUCAGAAGCGGACUCUGGAAAAGUUACUAAUAUCCAGUAUCUGCACAGUUAUCUGACUUACAUCAAGCUGUCCACAGCAAUCAAGCGCAAUGAGAGCAUGGCCAAGGCAUUGCAGAAGGCACUGCUUCAGCAGCAGCAGCCAGAGGAAGAUGGCAAACGUACACCUCGGCCUCAGGACUUGAUACGCCUUUAUGACAUCAUCCUACAGAAUCUGGCAGAAUUGCCACAACUUCCUGGUCUGGAAGAAGAUAAAGGCUACCUAAAGGAGAUUGGAAUAAAGACACUGGUGUAUAAGGCUUACAGGUGUUUUUUCAUUGCACAGUCAUAUGUUUUGGUGAAGAAGUGGAGUGAAGCCCUUGUUUUGUAUGAUCGAGUUCUGAAAUAUGCCAACGAAGUCCAGGCUCAAGCUGGAACUUACAAAAACAGCUUAAAGGAGCUGCCUGAUGUUCAAGAGCUGAUCACUCAAGUGAAUGCAGAAAAAUAUUCCAUGCAAGCAGCUGCCAUAUUAGAUGCAGGUGACAGCUAUGAGGUUGAAUCACCAUUGCAAGUCAAGGAUGGCAAGCCACUUUCUGAACGGUUCGAAACUUUCUGUCUGGAUCCUUCUCUUGUCAGCAAGCAAGCCAGUUUGGUGCAUUUCCCUCCAGAAUUCCAACCAAUACCAUGCAAGCCUUUGUUCUUUGACCUGGCUCUCAACCAUGUUACUUUACCACCUCUGGAGGACAAAGUGGAGCAGAAAGCAAAGAGUGGUCUCACAGGAUAUAUCAAGGGCAUCUUUGGAUUCCGGAGUUAACCAGGGCCGUUUUCAAGAAGAGUGCUUCUCUUUCUGUAUUUGGGAAUGCUCCAGCAGGUUAAGACCUUAACUACUUGUGUCUGAAAUCUACAUGGGAGGUUUUUAAUAUCUUCCCAGUAUUCUAUCUCUGUCUGCACACCUGUUUUACUAGAAACUUUCCACCCUGAGAACAUGUAUAAUGUGGUGUGUCUCUCAAACUGAAAGUGAAAGAAAGAGCUGGAGUCUCAAACUACUUUUAUCAAGUGGGUUCAGGCAGGAACAAUAUCCACUUUGUAUGGGCUAGGCAUAUCUUCAUUCUGUUUUGUGGCUGACACUAUUCUGCUAAUUCUUAAACCUAACCCAGUCCCCUGGAUGGUACAGAACAGAAAAAAACUAAGGCACAGAUAUGUAUCUAUCCAGGUUUGGACUGUCUAAGCAGAGUGUAUGUAAACCCAAAGUUGUCUAGAUUCCUGUACUGCCUGCCAUUUUUUACUUUUACUUACAGCCAUGUAGUUUUUUUUAAGUUUCAGAAGCUUCAGAACGAUGAAACUCCUGGAUUAAAGAUCAGGGUUGCUAGAUGGUGAUUAAAAGCUAUAAAGUAAAAUGAGAUUGUUUAAGAAUACCUUAAAGCUUAUGAUAUAAUUCUGCCCCAUUGAGGUACCGCUUCUCAGAACAGAGGAAUAUGCUUCUCAAAGGGUCUUCCUUAGAAUCUAAAAAGGCCUUUGGCUUCAAAAAGAAAAAGCUACUUUCAGUUUUCAUCUUGAAAGACUCCUUACAUUUCUUCUGUUUCUGUCUUCAACUAGCUGAAAAUGGUAAAUUGGGAGGGCUGUUUUGUUGCUUAUUCUGUAUCUUUCAUCCUUUCUGACAUUAUAUGUGGCUGGUUUAGGAAUCCGCUAGUGGAGAAUUGGAGAGUGGCGCCAAUGGAAUCUUAAGCAAUAAAGAUCUUUAGCCAUGUGUACAUGGUGAAUUUUA